AUGCAUUUCGCGUACCCCCCGCGAAAGAGCUCGAAUCCGCCGCCCUUCCGACCGAGAACCUCGAGGAUACCGCCGUUUGUCCGUCGCAGCAGGCUGAAGGUUAUCGCGGCGGGCGCCCUUGUGUUCUUGGGCUUCAUAUACCUUCUCGCAGGAUUCUUGAGGUCGCCGAGCGGGCCCCAUCUGCCCUCAGGCGAACCGCCUGUGGUGAUAGUGACGGUUCUGGACGAGGACAACUACAGCAAGACCUACUUGUCGAGCAUUCGCGACAACAGGAAACAAUAUGCGCAACUCCACGGAUACGAAGUGAUGUUUGCGAAGACGGGAGAUUACAAUCUCGACGGUUCUCCGGCGUCGUGGAACAAGGUCGUGUCACUGAGGCACGCAAUGACCAAAUACCCAGAAGCUGGAUGGUUCUGGUAUCUCGAACAAGACUCUUACAUUAUGGAUCUGUCGACGUCUGUGGAAAGCGUAGUCUUGAAAUCGGAUAAACUCAACAGCUUGAUGAUCAGGGAUCAGCCGGUCGUUCCGCCAGACAGCAUUAUCAAGACAUUUCCGCACCUGAAGGGUGAGGACAUCGACUUUAUUCUCACGCAGGACAGGGAGGGACUGUCGGUAGGCAGCUUCUUCGUCCGUAACAGCGAGUGGGCCAAAUUCUUGCUCGACACGUGGUUCGACCCGCUGUACAGGAGCUACAACUUCCAGAAAGCGGAGGGCCACGCCUUGGAGCAUAUCGUCCAGUGGCACCCUACCAUACUCUCCAAGCUCGCCAUUGUGCCGCAGAAGAUCUUCAACUCGUAUGACAGAUAUGAAAAGGGCGAGAUUUUCAAGGACGGCGACCUGGUGAUCCGCGCUGCUGGCUGCACCAAAUCCGGAGAGCGGGCCUGCGAGAAGGAGCUAGAUAGCUACAACAAGCAGUGGCGGACGACAUUCAAGGGGCGGUAA